AUGACGACACCCCCGCCAUCUCCCACACAGCCUGAGAUUCCUUCUGAUGGGACGUCUUGGAAAACUAGACAAGCCACUCGGCUAAGAAGGUUGACAGCAAGAACAUUGGAUCAAGCAAGGGCAACAGUCAGUGUGAAUCCAACGACUGGUAGAGGACUCGGACCUCACAAGGAUCAGUUUCAUAGUUACCUUGGAGUUGUGGCACGAGACAAGAUUCCAAUUGUUCACCCUAGCUGGAAUGAUGUACCUGAAACACUGAAGAACAUGAUAUGGGAUGACAUAUUGGCAAAAUUCGACAUCCCCGAGGGUGAUAAUGCCAAAAAGAAGGUGAUGUCAACGGUGGCAACGCGUUGGAGGCAAUUUAAGUCGGCGUUGACAACAAAAUAUGUGUAUGGUAACACUGACGGGCAACCAAAAGAUGAUCCUUUGGUUAAAUAUGGCAUUGAUGCAAAAGAUUGGGCCGAGUUUGCAAAAAUGAGGCAAACCCCUACCUAG